AUGAUCAACAUCUUCAAAGAAAACAUUCCAAAAGAAUUACUGGAGAAGUUCUCUCGCAACCUGGCGGAUCACCACCACCAGUUUCAAUCUAGGGAAGAAGAAGAAGAAGAAGAAGAAGAAGAAGAAGAAGAAGAAGAAGAAGAAGAAGAAGAAGAAGAAGAAGAGGAGAAGGAGAAGAAGAAGAAGAAGAAGAAUAGAAGAGAAGAAGAAGAAAGGUACGGUGGGUACGACGACGAAGAGGUCUUGCGAUGCCUAACCAAGCGAAGAAAUAUUCCGUAUCAAUUUAGCUUUCCAACAUUCCCUGGAAGGUGUCUCUUUCGGGGUUUCCCAUUCAGAAGUCUGGAACUGGAAAAAGAAAUAGGAAAGCAGCGUGAGGUCGAGGAGCAUGAGAAUGUUCGUCCAAAUUUCCUAAAUACCAGAGUUGCUCCUCAUAAGAGACUCGCAGGAGGCGUCUCUUUCCUGAAGGAACUUCCCAGGACACCAACAGGCAAACUUCUCAGGAGGGAACUGAAGUUGAAAGCAGGGGAAGUUGAAAGCCCACGAAGUUAA